UUCUCUCAGCCGCAGCCGCAGCCGCUUUAGUUUCCUCUGUUUCACCGCCGAAUUUCACGCGUUCUUAGAAUCUCCGCUGAUCACCGCCGCCUCUCUGUCGCACCGGGGAGGGAAUCGAGGUCGAUCCAUUCUGCAGAUUUCAUCUUUGAUUUAAACUAUGACGAAGUCCUGUGUUGUCUCACAAGUUAACCAACAAUGUCACAACAUUGUUAACCUGCACGAGUUCUUGAAAACAAAAAGAGGCAUCGUGAAGUGCGCAAAGAAGUCACAAUCGAGCACCAAUUGGAACAACAACGUGAAACACAACUACGGAAGAUUUGGUAACUUCGCAAUCGAAGAAUGUCACGGUUCAUUCUGGAUUGGCGAUCGCCUCAUUCGCAGAAGUGGAUCUGGCCUUGUUUUCUUGGCCAAAAACAAAUCAUCCACCAACUCAAAUUCAGAGUUUCUUGUCAAAUCUUGUUUAAUGGAAUCAUCUUCUUCACUCCAAUACGAGAAGGAAGUGCUAUGCAAUCUAGGGCCAUGCUCUAAUCUAGUGCGUUGUUACGGAGACGAAAUAACGAUGAGCAAAUCAGGCGAACAGAUUUACAAUGUCGUGUUCGAGUAUUGCUGUGGCUCAAGCCUGCGUGAUCACAUUAUCAAAUUUGGACGUAAUGGAUUACCAGAACCCAUAGUUCGCAAGUACACAAGAGACAUUGUUCGUGGACUCUGUUACAUGCAUUGCAAUGCUGGUUACAUUCACGGUGACAUAAAACCAAGAAACAUCUUACUAUCACCAAGUGAUCAUAAAGGUGGUUGUUUGGUGGCUAAGUUAGCUAGUUUUGGGUUAGCUAGGAAGCUCACUCCUGAAGUGUUAUGCGACGAGGAAAUCAGUGGUUCAGGAUCAUACAUAGCGCCAGAGUUGGCCAAAGAUGGCUAUCUAGACUGGCCUGCUGACAUUUGGGCACUUGGAUGCGUGGUGCUAGAGAUGUUGACUGGAAAACCAGCAUGGAGCUUUGAAAGUGCUUAUAAUUAUCUAAUGAACUGCAACCAGGAGAUACCAGAAAUCCCAAGUAAGAUAUCAAGUGCUGGAAGAGAUUUUGUAAAAAGGUGUUUGAUCAGAAGUCCAUACAAAAGAAGACCCACUUGGCUGUUAGUCAAACAUCCUUUUGUUGCUGAAUGAAGGUAGUAGUAAUAUAGAUCUUUGUAACUUGUAAGCAAUUUGUGAAGGAAAGCCAAUGAAAAUGAAAAUGUAUUACUCAUUAUUGAAA